AAGGGGAUGACCGAGCGCAUUCAUAACAUCAAUCUUCACAACUUCAGCAAUUCUGUACUUGAGACCCUCAAUGAGCAGCGUAACCGUGGGCACUUCUGUGACGUGACAGUUCGGAUCCAUGGAAGUAUGCUGCGAGCUCACCGGUGUGUGCUGGCUGCUGGGAGCCCCUUCUUUCAGGACAAGCUGCUCUUGGGCUACAGCGACAUUGAGAUCCCUUCUGUGGUCUCUGUGCAAUCCAUCCAAAAGCUGAUUGACUUUAUGUAUAGUGGGAUCCUGCGGGUGUCUCAGUCAGAGGCCCUGCAGAUCCUCACUGCUGCCAGCAUCUUACAAAUCAAGACCGUCAUUGAUGAGUGUACCCGCAUCGUGUCUCAGAAUGUGGGCCUGGCUGGUCCAGGGGGGUUCCCUGUUAUACCAGGAGAUUCUGGUCAGGAAACACCUCGUGGCACACCCGAGUCUGGCACCUCCGGGCCCAGCAGUGACGCAGAGUCAGGUUAUAUGCAAGCAACAUCACAGCAAAGUGUAGAACGUGCUUACACAUCACUGUACCCCUACCAAGGCCUUUCUCUACACAAUGGCACCCGCGAGCGCCCCCUUUAUAUUAGCCCUGUGUCAACAAAUUAUGAUCAGAUUCUCAGCAUUCAGAAGGACCAGCAAUCUCAAGAUCCGCCCUGGAUUAACCGCAUCCAGGAGAGGUGUCAGCAAGUCAACCGCUUUGGCUCCACGGGAGAAUCCAUUCACUGCCGCAAGCAACCCCGACCGGUACGCCUACAAACAGGAGGAAUGCACAUAAAGCAGGAGGCUGACGAUGAGUAUAGUUGCUACGAUAAUUUGGAGGACUGCCAAGAGGACACUGAUCAUAAUGAGGGUGUGGAGAGUGAAUCCAAGGUGGAAAGUUUUGACUCAGGGGUUAGCUCCUCCAUUAGUACUGAGCCAGAUGCUUUGGAACAGCAGCCGUAUCUGACUAGCUUUGGGCGAGAAGUAGGUGGGGAAGGGCAGCAAGGUGAAGGAGGUUCACAGCAGAUAAAGGUCAGUGACUCUUCCCCUGAGCAGAUUCAAAGGACAGAGGACAGUGAUCCAUCCCACAGCACUAGUGACAGUAGCAUGAUGCAGCCUCUGCCAAACUCAGUCAUGUCCCAUUCCUUGACUGCCUUGCACUACAUACGCCAGGCAGAAACACGCACCAGCAAUCUAAGGAUGCCGCUCACCAGCAAUUCCCAGGUGAUGGGCUCUGCUGGAAACACCUUCUUGCCCCCACUCUUUUCUCCGCAGACAGGUAGAGAUAUUAAGCCUUUCCUCUACCUUCCCGGUCAGCACCAACAGUUUGCAAUGCCAUCAUUCCCAAAUCCGAUACAGACACCGCAAGCGCCAGCUCAGCAGCAGCAGCAGUCUUCAGGAGGAGGAAUGGGACAGGGAGAAAAGAAGCCCUAUGAAUGCACUCUCUGCAGUAAAACCUUUACUGCUAAACAGAACUACGUUAAACACAUGUUUGUCCAUACUGGUGAGAAGCCUCAUCAGUGCAGCAUCUGCUGGCGCUCGUUCUCUCUGAAGGAUUAUUUAAUCAAACACAUGGUGACACACACAGGGGUGCGAGCCUACCAGUGCAGCAUCUGCAACAAGCGUUUUACCCAGAAGAGCUCGCUCAAUGUCCACAUGCGGCUGCACCGCGGAGAGAAGUCCUACGAGUGCUACAUCUGUAAGAAGAAGUUCUCCCACAAAACCCUGCUGGAGAGGCACAUGGCGCUGCAUACAGCAGGCGGCGCUGUCAUGGGGCUGUUGGGGAGCGCAGGUACUGUGGGCCCAGUCUCCAUCCCCAUGCCUAUAGCUGCCCCCGAGCCCGGAGCUGGAGUUGUAGCCCUCGCUAUGCCAGUGAGCGGUGGUGCUGGAGUAGGGGUCGGAACGGGAGUGGGCGUAGCCGCUGAAGCGAGCUGCCAAGAAGGGACCACCUACGUGUGCUCCUCCAUCUCAGUGUGACCUGGAUGAGGGAUAAUGAGUCAUCCCAUCAUCACUUGACUUCUUGUAUCAUAAGGUGUUUGAUAGCAGACCAGGCUUGGAAGGGGAAGAAAUGACUUUCUCCCGUGUGUCAUAAGUUUCGAUAACAUACCCAGGCAAAUUAUUUUUUUUCUCGCUCCCCCUGUUGUAUUAGCAUCACAUGCUCUCCACUGUCUGUAGUUAUAUAUUCCUUACAAUGCUUUAGCUACUCGUGGUGGUGCUUAAUUCUCUUUUCUUCAGUGUUGCAAAACGUCAGUUAAAAGUUGUUGAAAACUUGCAACAUUAUCCAGACAAGUCCUAAUCUCGAUUGUGCUUCUUCUAGUUAGUUAAAAAAAAAAACUCUAGACUUUCUGUUUGCAAAGUUGUAUGCAUAGUUCCUGAAACAAAUCAUAUUAAAAAAAA